AAACAAGCUCCUACAGUGCCAUCAUUGACCAUUUUGAACUUAAGCCUCCUAUGCUCCACGAAACCCGCCCCCGGCACUCCAGUCCCAAUACGCAUAUUGUUUGACGGUGUUGGUGUUGCGAUCAAAACUUGCGCCUACCACUGCAACAAACAACUUCCAUACUGGCGACCAACCCAACGCGCUCCAAGCUCGACAAACAAACACCCCCAGUCCAGCCCCUUCAUCACGCUCAGUAUGCCCAUAAAACCCGCGCGGCCGUUGCGCCACCGCGCAGGCAAAGUACUAGACAACUCGUCGUCGUCCGAAUCCGAAGCAUCAGACGUCGAAGAAACCCCCGUCGUGCCCCCAUCAAAAGCCACCUCGGCCAGCAAGAUUGCCAGCGGCAACCUCAACAAAGUUGACCUGAACGAGCGGCGGCGGAUCGCGCAACAACAAGAAGAAAAGCGCAAAGCCGCCGAGCUCGCCGCGCGCGCAGCAGCCGAAGAAGAAGAAGGAUUUGUGACUGAAGAGGAGGAACAGGCAAGCGAAGACGGCGAGGAAGAAUCCUCCGACGACGACGAGGAGGAAGAGGAGGAAAGCAGCGAAGAUGAGGUCCCCCGGCGCGCCAUGAUGAUGCGCCCCAAAUUCGUGCCCAAAUCGCAACGCAACGGGAACAAAACGGCCGAACAAGAAGCUGCUGAGGCGGCCGCAAAGGAAGCCGACGAAGUAGCGCGUAAGAAAGCGGAUGCGGAUGCUAUGAUCGAGGAGCAGAUUCGGCGGGACCUAGCGGCCAAGAAGGCAGGCAAGAAUUUCUGGGAUGACGCCAUCGAGCUCGAGUCAGAUGUGGACACGUCUGAUGAGGUCGACCCGGAAGCUGAACAAGCAGCGUGGAAAGUGCGGGAGCUUAAACGACUGAAGCGGGAGCGCGAAGCCGUCGAAGAGCGCGAAAAGGAACGCGAGGAGCUCGAGCGCAGACGCAACCUAACCGAAGAGGAGCGUGCCGCCCAAGACGCGGAGAAGAUCGCCCGGCAGCGCGAGGAGAAGGAAAGCAGGGGCAAGAUGGCAUACUUGGGGCAGUACCACCACAAGGGGGCGUUUUACCAGGAGGAGAUGGCGGCCGAGGGGCUCGAUAAGCGGGAUUUGAUGGGGGCUAAAGUUCAGGACGAGGUGGAUCGGAGUUUGUUGCCCAAGGCGCUGCAAAUGAGGGAUAUGACCAAGGUGGGCAAGAAGGGCGCGACAAAGUACCGAGAUCUGAAGUCCGAGGAUACGGGAAGGUGGGGCGAGUUUAGGGAUCAUCGCCCUGGGAAGGGGAGGGACUUUGGGGGAGGGUGGGAUGUGGAUGAGCGGUUUAGGUCAGAUCGGGACAGGGAGAGGGAGGGGCCCGGAGGGGCGAAUGCGAUUCCGCUUGGAGAUAGGAAGACGGAGAGACCGAGGAGUCGAGAGCGAGGACGCUACGGGAAGAGCAAUUAUCGGCCUCGAGAUGAAGAUGAACGUCGCAGGGAGAGGUCCAGAUCGGGGUCUCCUCCCAGAAAGCGGGAAAGAAGCAGAUCCAGGUCACCGAGGAGAGACAGCCGCGAUCGCCAUGACUAUAGUCGGCGGAAGAGAGAUCCGUCACGAGAUGCAGAUCGCUACGACAGUGAUAAGAGACGGAGAGUAGAUACCAGAUAGUGGGAGCGCGUUGUCGUGAAG